AUGCAGGCCAUGGACCCGGCCGCGGCGGAUUUUUACGAAGUGGACGGCAAGGACCUAGACUUCUACGACUUCGAACCGCUCCCCACUCUGCCGGAGGACGAGGAGAACGUGUCCCUGGCCGACAUCCUGUCCCUGCGGGACAGUGGCCUCAGCGAGCAGGAGGCCUGGGCCGUGUGCCUGGAGUGCAGCCUGUCCAUGAGGAGCGUCGCGCACUCGGCCAUCUUCCAGACGCUCUGCAUCACGCCCGACACCCUGGCCUUCAACACCAGCGGGAACGUGUGCUUCAUGGAGCAGCUCAGCGAUGACCCCGAGGGAGCCUUUGUCCCCCCGGAGUUCGAUGUGACCGGGAACACCUUUGAGGCGCACAUCUACUCCCUGGGGGCCACGCUGAAGGCUGCCCUCGAGUACGUGGCGGAGCCGGAGCCGGAGCCCAGGCUGAGCCGUGACCUGGAGGCGCUGCUGGACCAGAUGCAGGCAGAGGACCCUGGGGACCGGCCCGAUCUCGAGAGCAUCAUCGCGCUGUGCGAGGAGAAGAUGCAGCUCAUGUCCUCCUGCCGCCUGUGCCGCAACCUCUCGGCUGUCGGGAGGAGGGUGCUCUCCCUCGAGUCCUUCGGGACCUUCCAAGAUGUCAGCGAGAGCGCCUGGAGGGGGAGACUUGCUCCAAGGAGUGUGGGGCCCAAGAGGCAGCCUGGGGACCAUGGCGCUGACCCGGAGGCCGCUCAGGGCCGGCCCCAGACCCCCUCCUGCGACCCCAGGACCCUCUCCUCCAAGCUUCUGCUGUCACCCCCUGUGAGAAACGGAGAAAGCCACAUCGGGGAGGGCCUGGCCAGCCUGGUCCUGGACGCCCAGCGCCCCGCAGAGAGGGGCCGCCUGAGGAAAGUGCAGACGGUCCCCAGGCUCCUGCCCGAGGGCCCCGAGGCCAGCACCCUCUGCCUGCCGCCGGCCAGCGUGACAAGCCAGUUGCCCACAUCGGAAUUCUUCCCUGCAGACCCCAGGAAGGCCUUUCCCGAGCGGAAGAAUGGCCCUCCCAGCUGCAAAGGCCAGCCCAAGUCCAGACUGCGGCCGGAGCAGGAGCCUGGGCUCCAGGGGGAAGGGGCUCGGGGUGUGGGUCCCAGUGGGGGCGGGGCGGCUGGGGUGCCUGGCCAGGGCCCUGUGGAGGAAUGCCACCCGCCCUGUCCUGAGGACCCUCAAGAGGCAGGUGGAGACUCGGGGAAGUUGGGGGUCGAUCAGCAGAUUCCAGAAGGAGCCGGAGAGCUGGGAAGCGCAGCCUCGGACCAGGGCGUCUCCCUGCAGGACCUCCUGUCGAAGCUGGGCCGGCCCUUCAAGGAGUACGAGCUGUGGGCUCUGUCCCACGCCUGCCUCAGCGCUGUCGGCACCCACGCCCGGCACCCAGCCUACCUGUGUCCGGACUCCGUGCUGGUGGCCGAGGAUGGGGCCGUGCUCUUUGGGCCGCCCCCUGCCAACGGCACAUCCAACUCGUUCUUCCUGGCCCCCGAGGUGGCGGAGCAGCAGCUGGUGACUGAAAAGGCCUCAGUGUACUGUGUGGCCGCCGUGCUGUGGAUGGCGGCCAAGUUCAGCGUCCCCCAAGACCACAAGCUGGCCCUGCCACGCAGGCUCAAGACCCUCCUCCUGGAAAUGGCCAGGCGCAGCGCCCAGGAGCGGCCGUCUGUGGCCGAGGCCGUCAAGGUAUGUGGCAGUUACCUCCUUCAGCGAGGCAUGGACAGCAGGAAGAUUUUAGCCCACCUGAGGGCAUCCACCUGUAAGGUUUACCAGGAGGAAGAGACCAUCAGUCUCCAAAAUGUGUUCUCGGUGGUUGAACUGACCCCCAGCGCAGCGCCAGCUCCCAGGUCCAGCUCAGGCUUCGUGCAGGUCAGCGGUGACACCAGACUCAUGGCUGUGCAGGGGCCUGUGCCCGAUCCGCCCUCCUGCUGCGAGGGGGCCUUGGAGCCGCCCGAAGCGUCCACCGCCCCAGCCACGCACGUCACGCCCAUCGGCCUCGCACCAGACGCAGGUGCGGCCAGGGAGGUCCUGGCCAGGUCCUCGGGGCCGGCAGAGAGGCCAGAGGAGAGGGAAGGCAGGCUGGACGGGGAUGUCGAUGAGAAGAAGGCUCCUGAGGCCCACGCAGUGGCCGCCAGCUUGGAGACACCUGACCAGAGGGCGCCUGGUCCCCGAUCGUGCGGCACAGCCCCGGGACCCCCAAGAGAGGUGGUGCUGAGAGGGUCAGCCCAGGGGUGCCCCUGCCCCCCAGCUCCCACCUCCUCAGCGAUGCCCCAGGAGCGAGGGCUGGAGGAGUGGGUCCCACCUGGAGCCUCUCCCAGAGGCCUAGGGCCCCGCACCCCAGAGCCCACCGCAGCUCGCCAGGGCCUGCCUCACCCGGCCAAGCCGCCCAGGAGCAAGGCCCCCAAGGGCCCCGGCCAGGAGCCCCAGGGCCCACCACCCGCCUCAUUCAGCCCCUCCCUGGCCAAGGCGAGUCCAGACAGCCCCCGGGGUGCGGCGGACAGUCACCCCGAGCAGCCCCGGCCGGCAGACCGCAAGCUGUGUCCGUCCAGUGUGGACGCCUCGCCCGUACCAAAGAGCGCGGCCUGCCCGUCCCUGCAGGAGGCCACGCGCCUCAUCCAGGAGGAGUUCGCCUUCGACGGCUACCUGGACAACGGGCUGGAGGCGCUGAUCAUGGGGGAGUAUAUUUACGCCUUGAAAGAUCUCACCUACGCCACGUUCUGCGGGGCCAUAUCCGAGAAGUUCUGUGACCUCUACUGGGGGGAGAAGCUGCUGCAGAACCUUUUCAAAGUCGUGAACGAGAGGACGUCGCCCCCCAGGAACACCUCGGAGGCGGCUGGGUCACAGCCCGAGGGUGGCCAGGCCAGCGCACGAAGCGGUUGCUCACCGUCCAGCAAACGGGCCUUGCUGCACGGAGCAGGGAAGGACACGCCGGCCGCUCACAGCAGCAGAGCCCCCUGCCCACCCCCCUCGCUGUCCGACAUGGACUCAGAUGAGCUGUCCCGGGGCAACCUGGAGGUGGGAUUUCGGCCUCAGAAGUCGAUAAAAGCCGAGAAGGAGCAGUCGCCUGGGACCCAAGCGGACCAGCCGCCGGCAGGGGGCCCCGAGCCGGCCAGAGGGACCCCGGACGUGGAGGCAGUGGCCCAGCUGGCCAGGCCCAAGGAGGGUGGCCCAGUUGUGAACCCGGGCCCGGCCGAGUUCCAGAGCUGCAGCCCCGGCUGGAGCAGUGCCUUCUACGAGGCCGACUGCUUUGGCACCGACGUCCACAACUACGUGAAGGAGCUGGAGGGGCAGAAGGCCGGUGGGGCCCCCGACACCUCAAGCCCCACGUCUCUCUUGGAACCUGAGUGCAGGCAGGAGCUGGAGCAGCAGCUCAUGAUGGAGAAGAGAACCUACCGGAAGACCCUCAAGUUCUACCAGAAACUCUUACAGAAGGAGAAGCGGAGUAAAGGCUCCGAGGUGAAGACGAUGCUGUCCAAGCUGAAGGGGCAGCUGGAAGAAAUGAAGUCCAAGGUGCAGUUCCUCGGACUGGUCAAGAAGUACCUACAGGUCGUGUACGCGGAGCGGUGGGGCCUGGAGCCCUGCGCCCUGCCCGUGAUCGUGAACAUCUCCUCGGCCCCCUGCGACACGCUGGACUUCAGCCCCCUGGACGAGUCCUCGUCCCUCAUCUUCUACAACGUCAGCAAGCACCCGCGCAGCGGCCGGCAGCGCAAGGCCCGCGUCCUGCAGGCCGGCACGCCGCUGGGGCUCAUGGCCUACCUCUACUCCAGCGACGCCUUCCUGGAGGGCUACGUGCAGCAGUUCCUGUACACCUUCCGCUACUUCUGCACACCCCAGGACUUCCUGCACUUCCUCCUCGACCGCCUCAGCAGCACCCUGUCCAGGGCCCAUGAGGACCCCACCUCGACCUUCACCAAGAUCUACAAGCGCAGCCUCUGCCUGCUGCAGGCCUGGGUGGAAGACUGCUACACCGUGGACUUCACCAGGAACGCCGGGCUGCUGGGGCGGCUGGAGGACUUCAUCUCCUCCAAGGUCCUGCCCCUGGACGGCUCCGUGGAGCACCUGCUGGGCCUCCUGGAGGCGGGCACAGACCGGCGGACCGAGGGCGCCCCACACAGCACAGACCUGGAGGACCCCAAGGAGACCGAGGAGGCCACCAGACCCCUCAACGCCCUCUGUAAGAGGCUCUCGGAAGACAGCAUCUCCCGAAAGAGCUUCCCCUGGAGGCUGCCCCGGGGCAACGGGCUGGCCCUGCCACACCACAAGGAGCGCCAGUACACCAUCGCGUCCGCCCUGCCCAAGCCCUGCUUCUUCGAGGACUUCUGCAGCCCCUACGCCAAGGCCGGCGAGAAGGGGCCCUACUUCCUGACGGAGUACAGCACCCACCAGCUCUUCACCCAGCUGACGCUGCUGCAGCAGGACUUGUUUCAAAGGUGCCAUCCCGUCCACUUCUUAAACUCACGGGCGCUGGGCGUCAUGGACAAAAGUGCCGCCAUCCCGAAAGCCAGCUCCUCCGAGUCUCUGUCGGCCAAAACCUGCAGCCUAUUUCUGCCCAAUUACGUCCAGGACAAGUACCUGUUACAGCUUUUAAGAAGUGCAGAUGACGUCAGCAACUGGGUGGCCGCCGAGAUCGUGACCAGCCACACCUCCAAGUUGCAGGUCAACCUGCUGUCCAAAUUUUUGCUGAUUGCAAAAUCGUGCUACGAGCAGAGGAACUUCGCGACCGCCAUGCAGAUCCUGGGUGGCCUGGAGCACCUCGCCGUGAGGCAGUGCCCGGCCUGGAGAAUUUUGCCUGCGAAGAUAGCAGAGGUCAUGGAGGAGCUGAAAGCCGUGGAGGUGUUCCUGAAGAGCGACAGCCUGUGUCUGAUGGAAGGGCGACGCUUCCGGGCCCAGCCCACCCUGCCCUCCGCCCGCCUCCUGGCCAUGCACAUCCAGCAGCUGGAGACGGGGGGCUUCACCAUGACCAACGGGGCCCACAGGUGGAGCAAGCUCAGAAACAUAGCCAAGGUGGCCAGCCAGGUGCACGCGUUCCAGGAGAACCCCUACACCUUCGCCCCCGACCCCAAGCUACAGGCCUGCCUCAAGCAGCGCAUCGCGCGGUUCAGCGGGGCUGACGUGUCCAUCUUAGCCGCAGACAGCAGGGCCAGCUACCACCAGAUCGCCAGCGAGAAGCACUCUCGGAAGAUUCAGGACAAGCUACGGAAGAUGAAAGCCACGUUCCAGUGA